AUGUCCUGUGGACAAGAUAACUCACUCUCCGACCUUGUUCAACAGUUACCGCUUGAAAGAGACAGGAAGAGAUAUAGUAAAUUGAUUGAAAUGUCAGAAUCUUUACAGUCCAGGCUGGAUUGUUUAUACUCUCAAAGCACGAUUCCUUGCCCGCGGGAUAGAUAUUUAAGAAAGCAAUACUCUCUUGCAAGCUUUGGUAGCGAUAUAACAGCCCGUACGGAUGAUAUCGAAGGAGCUAAAGACACGAGCAAAGCAAAUGGGACUCCUUAUUUCUAUUUUAUGGAUGAUGACUCGUGGCCCCGAUCCUCAAUACAGGAAGGACAUGUGUAUAGGAAAUUAGAUAGGGCCACGUCGAUGCAAUUCACGCCCAAGUCCACCUGUUUUGACAGAUAUCCUAGUUCAGAUACAGUUCUAUUGCAUGUACGGAAUGAGUCAGAUCGUAUAAGACCAUGUACUGUUCAUGUCAAACCUUCUACUCUACGCAGAAGUCGUCAAAUUCAUCAACCUUUAUCUCAAGAACAGAUCAAAACAGAAAGCGAAAGCCAUAGUAGCCAUCUUUAUCAUAAUGAGAAAGCAUCCUUUGAAACUCUCGCCAAAGAAGAUACACCUCUUGUUGAUAAGAUAACUAAUAAUGACAGCUGUGAGCCUAUAUCCCCUGUUGACACCGAGUUGACAAAACGUGAACAUGAUAUGACUGCACCGUCUGUUUUAACAGCAAAACACAACGAGCCAACUGAUUUGCCAACACCCCCAAGCACGCCAUUUGGUCAAGAUACAUCUUUUCCAGAUUUACCGCCCCUAAGACAUAUUCGGAAGAAAACACAAAGUUUAAAGCGGCUAUUAAAACGAACCUACCGACUAAAUGAGUACGAGGUGAUGAAAGCUCAUACUAUUCAUGCUUCUCCCUUUUCGGAUGGACUACUUAUUAAGGCAUUCAACAUGCCUUUGGGUGAGCCGAAGCUUUUGCUCAAGUUACUAAUGAUCAACAUCAGUCAUGAUACCCCUGAAGAGCAGAAGCGACUCGGAUUUACAUUUUGCUGGCCAAGUGUAAAACCCAACGUUUCUAAUGAUUCAAAUGAUCAGGCAAAGCUGUCAAUUGCUCCUGACUCCUUAGUUAAGGAGGCACUUGCCACUUGGUUACAGAAUGAACGUUUGCCUUCUUUGAAUAAGGUGGAUGAAAUUCUGAGAGAUGGUAGAAAGGUUUAUUUGGUAUAUGACGUGCAUUUAUUUUAA